AUGACUCUCUCAGUGUCCAUACAUGCGUGUAAUCCUCCAAAAGUUGGAAAAUGCACCAUCUUUCCACCUGAAGACGAAUGGAACCGAGAUGUUAGCAACGAUCCAGUUGAUUUCAUGAGUGAUUGUUACAUUUCCAAAGUAGGAGGUGGUAAUUUAAAAGCAGAUUUCAGUGAAGCUUAUUAUGAAAGUACUUAUGGAAUUAUGGUUCGAGCAGGAAUUCCAUUUAUUCAUGUCAAAGGAAAUUCAAUUCCUUGGACAAGUAUACAGUUCGAUCCUGAUGGGUAUGGGGAUGAAUCCGAUUUUACAAGUGCUCCCAUUCCAUUGACUGCACCCAUUGAGUUUCCCAAUGAUACCGCAAAAUAUGGUUAUGGUGACAUGCAUGUGUUGGCACUUGACACUGAUAAUUGUAAACUUUAUGAAUUGUAUUAUUCUUAUGUGAAAAAUAAUGUUUGGAAUUGUUACAGUAAUGCCAUGUUUGAUUUAAAUAAGAGAAAUGCGAGCAUGUUUAGACAUCCUUCAUUGACCAGUGUCACCAGUGCAGACGCAGCAGGUCUUCCAAUCUAUCCUGGACUAGUCAAGUAUUCUGAAGUUGCAGCAGGAAACAUUACACAUGCUAUUCGAUUCACUGUUCAAAACGCACAAUAUGGUUACAUUGCCCCUGCAAAACAUUUUGGUCCAAAAACAAACACGGAUUUAACCAUCAUGCCCUAUGGAACUCGAUUAAAGUUGAAGGCAUCUUUUGAUUUAUCGAGCUAUAGAGGACAAGCUUUGGUGGUGUUGAAAGCGUUGAAAAAGUAUGGAAUGAUUUUUGCAGAUCAGGGAUCUAAUUGGUAUUUAUCAGGAGAACCUAAUGACAAUUGGGACAGUGAUGAUUUAUCUCAAUUGAAACGAGUGCCAAGUACUGCUUUUGAAGUCGUUCGUCGUAUCAGCACUGUGACCAGAGGAUGGACACCAACCACUCCAGAGACAUGUAAAGGUGUGUCGUAUCAGCCAAGUAAUGCACCCGUGUUCAUACCAAAUGUGAAUUGUAAUUCUCCAGUGCCUCCAAAUCCUCCUCCAGUGUCUUCAUCUCCUCAACCAAAACCAUCGCCAAUACCAAAGGUGUUGUUGCUUCCGAGAAGCCGAUUCAACCUCUUGUCCAAUCAAUUUCCGUUCCAUCCGAAAGUUGGCUUGCUGGAGUUUUCUUCAUCAUUACAAACAAGCAAAACCAAAUGGCGUACGACUACGAAUGAAGCCACAGAUCGUGGUCAUUCCCUCUACUUCUUCAAUGGUAUUGGGCAACAACGAAAUUUUCAUCGAAGCCUCGUUCCGAAACAACAUUCAGAGGAGAAGCCCACUGUGUUUGAAAUGAAUAACAUCAUCAUGUAUUCUCACCAAGUUUAUGCACUCCCAACAACAAUGGAUUAUAACAGGCUCCUUCCUGAUACAGUCAAAGACAAGCAAGAAUUAAUUGAUUUAUUGGACGAUACAAAGAAUGUUCUCAAUUAUGUUUUGUUUUUAGGAUUUGAAAAAAAAUCAACGGAUAGGCUUAAAGAAUAUCAACAUUUCAAGUUUAAAUUUGGUAGAGACAAAUUAAUAUCGAUACUGAAAUUAGCGAGCGACUUUAAUACUCACCCUCCUCUACAAAAACCCUCAUUUAAAACAAUAAUGAGCAUGGUAUCUGAUAAGUUUAACCACGAUACUGUUAUUGAAAUGGUCAACCAAUACUGCUACUACAUCAACAAGCAAUUAAAUCGCUGCAAUGAAUUUUUACGAUCUGACAAUUCAGAUGAAACGUCAGCCCUUACGGAUGAACAGUUCAAUGAUAUCAUCAACGAAUCUUUUCAGGAUGCAUCCAAUAUCAACACGAUUCUUUCGAAAUUUUACGAAAUGGCUGGCGUCGAUCCACUGGAUGAUGGCAUUCUUAACACAGAAAAAAAUCAUCCUCUUUUUUUGUUUUUAAGAAAUAAGGCCAGAUUACUUGAAACGACAAAAGAUCUUAAGAAGCAUGAUGAAAAGCUGAAAAAUAUUAAUCUGACGAACAUGUCAGAAAUGAGCAAAGAAGAAUUAACUAUUGUUACUGACAUGAUUCAAAAACGAUCUCUGUUGCAAAUGUCCACUCUUCAAGUAUCUGGAGCUUAUGUAGAUAUAACAUUGGGAACUCAUUUAUGCAAGCUAUUGAUCGCUAACGAUCCAAAUUAUGAAAAGAACCAAAUACUUUCGAGACACGUAAUUUCUUUACAAACACUCAUGUACAUGUAUCUAUUUUUGAAAGAGUAUAUCCUUUUAGUUAAUUUGGGGGUAAAUUAUGAUUUCACAUGUGAAGACCCAACGGAUGUACACCAUUUUGUGGUGCAAAACUUUAAAAUUGUGUCAGACCAAGUAGUAUUAAGCAAUACUCAAAAUCUUAAACUUGACGCUCAUCUUCCACUGGCUGAGUUCAUUCCGUUGCUGCGAGGGCUUGCACUUCAAUUUGCUACUCAAGCUAAGGACACCAUUACUCACAUUAGAGAGAUGCUGAAUGGCAAAUCUUUCAAAUUUAUCGAUAUCUAUGACAAGGAAGUGUCAACGGUUAUACAAUUUUACAAACGUGGAAAGAUGGCCAUUAGAGUUGGAAGAUUUCUGCGUUUUGUUGUUCAAGUUGGCAUCAUCUAUUUCCUUAUCCGCUUUUUGGACGAAAAGUUGUUUGGAAGUGUUGAUUCACUAUUUCCAAGAAGUAAAUAG